AUGCACAGCUGCUUCUUCCGUUUCGGGAGCCCUCGGCGUCGGCAAGCGCUUCACAGCGGCGGUGGCGUCACCGUCGUGUCACGAGGCGGCGAAGGCGUCCGCGCCAAGAUCGUGGUGAGCAGGGGCGAGCUGGAGCGCAUCGCCAUGGGCGUCACGCGGAGGCAGUGCAGCGGAGCCGGAGCCGCGCCGAGCCGCCGGCAUAUAGUCACGGCCGUGUCAUUGGAAGGGCGGGUGGCGCGCGCGCCGCCGCGCUCGGAGCCGGAGGAGGGCGCGGGCGUUGCGCGGCGCGGCGGCGACUGGAGGCCCGCGCUGGACGGCAUACCAGAGGAAGCGUAG